ACCAGAGGCAAGCAGCAAGCACCGGCACCAGCAGUUAUCCCCAGCAUCCAUCAUAUACCCAGCUGCGCGGGGAGAUCGGUAGCUUGCAGGAGUUAGCACUCGCGAUUUUUUUUUUUCAAAUAUCUCUGUUGAUCUUUUCAUUUCGCGACGAUGGCGACCACCGCACCAGCAGGAGCAAACACCGCCAACGCGGCUUUCCGGGACAAGGAAAAACCGCUUGCUGUGCGCUCUUCCAAUAUCGUGGCUGCUCGAGCUGUCGCCGAUGCCAUCAGGACAUCUCUAGGCCCUCGUGGCAUGGAUAAGAUGAUUCGAAGCGGCAAGGGCGAAACGAUCAUCACAAAUGACGGCAGCACAAUGCUGAAAAGCAUGUCCGUCAUGCACCCAACGGCCAAGAUGCUGGUUCAACUCUCUAAUGCUCAGGACGUCGAGGCUGGAGACGGUACCACAUCGGUUGUUGUCAUCUGUGGCAGUCUUCUUGGUGCGGCUGACCGCCUCCUGUCCAAGGGCAUUCAUCCAUCUGUCAUAUCCGAGUCCUUCCAAAGGGCGGCAGCAGCCUCGGUAGAGGUCCUCCAUGAGAUGUCACAACCUAUCGCUCUUACAGACACCGCCGCCCUGCUUCAGGCAGCAAACACAUCACUCUCAUCCAAGAUCGUAUCGCAAUACUCAGGCCUCCUGGGCCCCAUGGCCGUCAACGCGGUCACCAAGACCAUCGAUCUCAAGGCUGCAGACAAUGUUGACCUCAAAAACAUUCGUAUAAUAAAGAGGGUCGGCGGGACCAUCGAAGACAGCGAACUAGUUGACGGUGUUGUUUUGACGCAGCCUGUCUUGAAGAACGCCGGUGGUCCUAUCAGGAUGGAGAAGGCAAAGAUUGGCCUGAUUCAGUUCCAGCUGAGCCCUCCCAAGCCGGAUAUGGAGAACACUAUCUCGGUCAACGACUACAGGCAAAUGGACAAGAUUGUCAAGGAGGAGCGUCUUUACCUGCUCAACCUGGUCAAGAAGAUCAAGAAGUCCAAGUGCAAUGUUCUUCUGAUUCAAAAGUCUAUUCUACGUGAUGCGGUCAAUGAGUUGUCUCUGCACUUCCUCGCCAAACUGAAUAUCCUGGCAAUCAAAGAUAUUGAGAGGGACGAGGUUGAGUUUAUUUGCAAGUCCACCGGCUGCAAGCCCAUCGCCGAUAUCGACUCUUUCACCGAGGACAAGUUGGGCACGGCAGACCUGAUCGAGGAGACGCAGUCCUCGGGCAGCAGGUUGGUGAAGAUUACAGGCACCAAGUCGACAGGCAAGACGAUCAGCGUGGUUGUGCGCGGCGCCAACUCGUUGAUCCUUGACGAGGCAGAGCGAUCGCUACACGAUGCGUUGUGCGUGGUGCGUUGCUUGGUAAAGAAGAAGGCUUUGAUUGCGGGCGGUGGCGCGGCGGAGAUAGAGAUCGCGGCCCAGUUGUCACGUCGCGCGCGUGAGCUUACUGGAACAGAGGCUAUCUGUUGGAAGGCAUUUGCGGAUGCGCUGGAGGUGGUGCCUACAACACUGGCAGAAAACGCCGGCCUCAACAGCAUCAAGGUUGUGACAGAUCUGAGGCAUCGUCACGAGAUGGGCGAGAAGAAUGCGGGGGUGAGCAUCAAGUCAGGAGGCGUCAACUCCAACAUUGCGAAGGAGAACGUACUGCAGCCUCUUCUUGUCAGCACGAGUGCCAUUGAACUCGCUGCGGAGACUGUCAAGAUGAUUCUCCGCAUUGACGACAUUGCGCUCAGCAGGUAGACGGGAAUAGAAGUCUUUAAUUUCAUUUGCGCCACAUACCUCCCGAUAGAUAGUGGAGCGAGUCAAUGCCAAAGUUCAGGCGCCAGGCAUAGAAAAAAAUGAAAUCUCGAUCAUAGAAUAUGUACGGUUCACAGGCUGGAGAGGAUCUCAUUUGACUUUGGUCAAGGACUGUUCUAAAAAAAUAAAAAUAAAUAAAUAAAAAAACAAAAGAAAAAAAACACGGGACGAGACAAGCAUUUGCAUCUGCUGGGCCAGCUGGGAACUAUCUACUUGG